GGAAGUGUGAGGUCACUGUUUACUGUUGGCGUCAGUAAUCUUUACUUGUGUUCCGUAUAGCAGAGCAAUUUUGGUAAUCUGACACCAUUACCUUGAAGACGGGGAAAAUCAGGCCUAUCCUGCAUUUGCCUUCUCCUUUCUCCCUUUCUCCUCCAUCACGCUCCCUGCAUACCCUGGAGAUGGAUCGGCUCUCUGUCCGUGACUAUAUAUAGGCGUGAAUGAGUCCGGACUCCGCAGUACACGUCUACCUUCUACCAUGUUCGCUAGGAUUGCAGCAGUGUUGGCCCUCGCGGCAGGUGCGAUGGCAGCGCCGACGGCGAACAUCCCGCUCUUUGCUCUGGCCAGGAACCCCGACUACACGCCGCCCCCUUACCAGAUCCCGAUCCGCAGCCACGACCCAGAGCCUUACGAAGCCCCCGAAGACCGCCCAGUCCAAGAGAUUUACACUGAGCCGCAAAGACUCCAAGUUCCAGCAACCUACGUGGCCCAACAGCCUUACCAGACUGAGCAGCGAUACCCAGACGUGAGGCACCGCUCGUCGGCCCCGGCAUAUGGCCCCGGAUCAACAGAUGAGGGCCCUGCUCAGUACCACUUCACCUACGGGAUAAAGGACGACUACUCUGGAAACGACUUCGGCCACCAGGAAGCUCGCGACGGCUACAAAACCGAAGGCAACUACUACGUGCAGCUCCCCGACGGUCGCCUGCAGCAGGUCGAGUACACAGUCGAUGGCGACUCCGGCUACGUGGCCGAGGUUAGCUACGAGGGGGAGGCCAAGCACCCCGAGUACAUCCCCGCACCGGCCUACACACCAGCCCCUUCCUAUCAGUCUCCCAGGUCUUACCAGCCAGCCUACACCUUCAGGUCCCUUAACAUUCCUCCUGUUCGCCACAGUUCACCUCUGUAUUUUUAGCUUCCUUUACUCUAUAGAUACCUUACCGUGAAUACAGUGUUUCGGGAAAUACUUGUGUACAUAUUGUAUUUUUAUACAUGGAUUUAUCUGGUAAUAAAUCUACAUUAA